ACAGGACGUCUAGUUACACGCAGAAGGACACAGACAUGCACCGCACGAACUAACAUGACAGAGAAGAUACUAAUUCACCUGUAAAACGCCGUUUAUUGAGUUCAGAUGUCUUUAAAAGCGGCAGCGGGUUGUGUGACUCGGAGGAUCCGGGCUCCGGUGCUCGGUCACGGAUUGUCAGCGGCAGAGAACCGGUGGUGCAGUUCCAAACAGGCAACAACACACCAGGACAAACCCCCAAAGACCUCUAACUUCAGACCAGCAGCAUCUUCUACCCACGACUGGAUCGGACCCCCGAACCCCCUGUCCAACCUACGACCCAUCAUUUAUCACAUCCCCGAAAACGAAACGGAGCUAGAGAAACGUCUGAGGCACCUGAGGCAGGACACGGAGGACUGGAACCACGACUUCUGGACCAAACAGAACGUCACCUUCAGCAAGGAAAAAGAUGCUUUCAUCUUCUCACAAUUGAAGGCAAAAGGGUUGUCAGUGCGUGAUGAACAAGGACGACGGCGUUCCCUGGACAGCGAAGAAAUGGCCGUGUUCUACAAAACCUUCCUGGACGAAAACAGAGUACGCCAUGCAGAUUACAACAAGGAAUGGUACCGACGUAACUUCACCAUCACUUUGCUCAUGGCCCGAGUCACUCUGCAUAAGAUGUGGAGGACAGUUACGGAUAAAUACAGCAGCAAGAAAACCAGCACUCCUCCCACCUGAUAAUCAAUAAAACGCUCACUCAUCCUGCCA